CUACACUGCAGCGGCGACAGGACCAUCUCCGCCCCCAGACUCCCCAGGCCCCAAGACAAACACAUACCCCAAGACCCCUCCUAUAUCGGAGGUCCUAGGUAGACGGGGAAGUCCCAGGGAUCCUAGGGAUAUGAGGGAGGGGCUACGUUACUGGUGUCUAGCCCCGUCUCCCCUCCCCCUCCCGCUCUCUCAGCGGUGACGGCGGCGGCAGUGCCUUCCUUCUUCUCCAUCAUCACCACCACCACCACCAUCCGAGGCAGAGGCAGCAGCCCCAUCAGAGCGGGGAGAGAGGAGAGCAGCCGCGAGCCGCCCGCGAGAUUCAGCAUUAGUGACUUUUCGGAGGUGGUGAGGUGAGGAAGGAGAGAGAAAGAGCGAGAGUGCGUGUGUCUUUCUCCUCGUCGUCCACACGAUGGGGGUGGAGGAGUGUUGGCGAGAGUGUUGUGAAUGGCUUUUUAAAAUCCGAUUGAUCCGCGACGACCACCUCCUGCGGUCGCCCAAUGCCCAACUCAUUGACCUCUGCAAGUUCCUCAGGGAUGGGGUCAUGAUCUGCAAAAUACUCCACAUUCUCGACGAGGACUCCAUAGACUUGCGGACCAUCAACCAGCGCCCCCAGAAUGCCCAGUUCUUGUGUAUGAAGAACAUUGGAAUAUUUCUACAGACAUGUACGAGAAAGUUUGACCUUAACAAAGAGGACUUGUUUGAGCCUCCAAUGCUCUUUGAGCUGUCAGAUAUAGGAAAGGUACUCCAUACUUUAUCAAGGUUAAGUAAAUCUGCAAAGGCACAGCGACUUGGCGUAGAAGGCUUUCCUGCAGAGCAAGAUGGCAGAGAUGAUGAUGACAUCUAUUCAGAACUACCAAGAGAUAUUAUGAAUCACAAUGUGGAGACGUCAAAUGCAUCGCCCAUGGCUUCUAAUGAAAAUGGCGUAGUCCGAUAUGGAAGUGAUCACACGGCUUUGGGUUUUCCUCUUCGUAGGAGACAUAAUUCUGAGGAGGCUGUUUAUGAAUCUCUCUGUUAUGUGACACUCAAACCCAAGGAGGUUGUUCCUGUGAAUAAGCCACGAGAAAAAAGAGAUUUAUGCUUGGAAGAGUUAGUGGAAACUGAACAUAAUUACGUAGAUGCACUAGAAAUGCUCACAAAUAAAUUUUAUAGACCUUUAAGAGAAGUCAUAGGAGAAGAACACUGUAAAAGGAUAUUCAGUACUAUACCCAAAAUGGUUAGAAUUCAUAAAAUACUCCACCAAGGUCUUAAGAAAGCCCAGAAUAACCCAGCAAAUUAUAGUGUAUCUCAGGUCUUCCUAACGAACCAAGAAGAAUUACUCAUUUAUGGUGAAUACUGUGCCAAUCUUUCCAUUGCUCAGCAAGAACUAGAGGACAUAAUGAAUAAUAAUGAUUUAGCCAAAAAUAAAAUUCAGGAAUUGCAAAAUAAUGUCAAAGAGGGGAAGCAUCAACUUCGUGAAUACCUACUAGUUCCUCUUCAGAGAAUUCUGAAAUAUCACCUCUUGUUAAGAGAACUCAUUCGCUCUACUUCACAGACCCACAACGAUCAUGACAACUUACAACGAGCCCACGAAGCCAUGAUGGAUUUGUCAGAUUUUAUCAAUGAAGUGAAAAGAGAUAGUGAAAUGAAGCAAAUUAUAAAGGACCUUCAGAACAGCAUAAUGGACAUGCCUUCAGAAAUAAGUAACAUGGAAGACCUUGGAAAACUCAGACAUGAUGGCGAUAUAAGAAUUGAGUGUCAUCCACACCCAAUUAAAAAAAGAUAUGUGUUUGUGUUUGACAAGGUCAUGAUCAUGUGCAAGCAAACAAAAAGAAUAUCGCAGUUGUUCGCAAAUAAUAAUCCCAAUAGAUGGUCGUUGGGAGAUUCUACAACAGAGGAUGAAAAAUACGUCUUCAAGGACUGGGUAAGCCUGGACUGCUGUAAGGUCGACAACAAUGUCACCAGUGGCGGUGGAAUCACAAAAAACAAGCAGAAUAGCUUUUACCUAGUUCUGGGAGAGAACAAGGCAGCCUACACCAUCAUCACCAAAGACAAUGAUGCUAAAGAGAAGUGGAUGAAGAGUAUUAGUGAAGCCAUAGAGUUCCUGAAUCCUCCAGAAAAUUUAUCGUUGCAUCAUGUAUUUAUCGUCACCACAUUCCCAAGACCCAAUACUAGAUGUGAAAAGUGUAAUAAACUACUCAAGGGCUCCAUUUUUCAGGGUUAUCAGUGUGCUAAUUGCAAGAUGAUCGUCCAUAAAAAUUGCCUUGGAGAAGUUACUCGUUGUCAGGGCUGCCCACCUCCACCACUCAUAGAUAGAGGGCCACUGAAUGAUGUGUAUCCGGGGUACUUGAAUCUCCUUUUGGAAUACCCAUGGUGGGCCAGCAAAAUGUCUCGUGAUGACGCUGAGCAUCUUUUAUCAAAAGCUGAAGAAGAAACCUUUCUUCUUCGAUGGUCAGACCGUCAUAGAAAGCCAGUGUUAUCCCUAAGGGCAAAUGGUGAGACUAAGCAUAUGAAAGUCCAUUACAUAAUGGAAAGUAACCAUUUUUUUCUCAGUGAGGCACACUAUUUCAGCAGCAUUCCAGACCUCAUCAACUUUCACAGUUAUUCUCCGCUCUCUGAGAGUUUCAUCGGGCUGGAUUGUGUUCUACGCCGUCCAAUUUAUGAUACAGCUACUGUUCAGUAUCCAUACGAAGGAAGCAGUCGUACUUACUUAUCACUAAUGGAGGGUGAGCGUGUCAUAAUCUUAAGCAGAGAUGGGGAAAGCCGGGGUUGGUGGAAAGGCCGAAUUGGCAAUAGGAUGGGAUAUUUCCCCAAAGAAUAUGUCAGAACUGAUCCGAUCAUGUGAGGAACAGGUAAGAUAGGAAUUUCACUCGGUUUAUAUUGUAUAGUGUUGUAUAUUUUUUAAUAGGGAUAUAUGUAAGAUUUGGAGCAAGGUUGGCUGGAGUUUUUCCAAGUGAAAUCUUUAUAAGCUCCUGCUUAAGGAAUGGAUUCAUUUUAUUGUGUUUUGUUGCUUUUGAUUUGAAGCAUGCAGGUGAUAGUAAGUUUCUAAAGAAAAGGAAGAAUGUUUAAAAGUAAGAUAUUGAUAGGUUUGUGUACUAUAUUUUUAUAUAUUUGUUUUAUAAAUUAUACAGUGUGUUUUUUAGAUACCAGUGCAUUUACACUACAUCAUCUGUGCUUGCUCAAGUUUGUGCAGUCAUUUUCUUGCUUAACUGUGCCAUUUUAGGGAAAGCAAGAGGUGUUUGUUUUAUUUUGUAGUGUACUUAAGGUACUUUUUUAAAAAAAGAAUCUUUAGACUUUAUUAGGCCUUUUAUAUCAGCAAUGUUUGUAAAGUAAUUGUUUUUAUAACUUACGAAUUUUAUUAUGACUAAAAACUGAGGUGUCUGACUAGUCAUUGAAUUAUUGUAUUCCUCAUAUUUUACUCCUGUCUUUCUGAGCUGAUGAAGAAGUCUUGAAUUCAACUUAUAUAUACAUACAUAC